ACACACUCCACGCACCCCCAAACUCCACUCCAGAUCCGCGUCCACAAGACCCAUCAAACCGCCGAGCAAGAGAGAGCGAAAGAGGGGACAAAAAUCCCAUCGCGGCGCCGCGGAUGGGGGCGGUGGUGACGGCGGUGAUCGCCAUCGCGGCGGUGGUGCUCGGCUGGAUCACCAUCGAGAUGGCCUGCAAGCCCUGCCUCGAGACCGGCCGCCGCGCCAUGGACCGUGCGCUCGACCCCAACAACGACCCGGACUCCCCCACCAACGCCACCACCACCGCCGGCGGCGGCGGAGCCUCCGCCACCGAGCCGCUCCUCGGCGACCUCUCCGCCUCCACCGCACCACCCGCCAAGGCCAUCUGAUCACCUACCUCAUCCGGCGGGGCCAGCCCGGACCGGCAGACGCAGCAGUAGGCUUUGCUCCUUCGUGAUCUUCUUUGCCCCCAUGUAUGUGUGUGUGCUUAUGAGUUGUUCAUGUGAUUUUUGUUAAGAUAUGGUACCAAACUGCUAUCUAGCUGUGUAAGCUGCUGUAGAAAAAAAAACCGAGAGAACAUGGUUCAUCUGA